CCCCCGAGAUGGGACUCGUACCUCAGCUCUGCGACGACCUCUUCGCCAGGAUCAGCGACGGCCGCAGCCCCGACCUGUCGUACUCAGUGGAGGUCAGUUACAUGGAGAUCUACUGUGAGCGCGUGCGUGACCUGUUGGCGGUGGGGAGGGGGGCCGCUACGGGUGAGGGAACAUCCCGCCCUUGGGCCCUACGUGGAGGGAUUGGUCCAAAACCACUGGCCACGUCCCGCCCAGGACAUCGGACGGCCUGCUGGCCUGCGGAAACCGCACCCGGACAGUGGCCGCGACGAACCUGAACGAGGUCAGCAGCCGGUCACCCACACGCCGUCCUGACCAUCGUGCUGACCCAGCGACGGCACGACCCCCUCACUGACCUCUACACCGAGAGGGUAAG